AUGGAAAAAGACGAUGAUGAGAUGAGGGGCGAAAUAGAGGAGCGACUGGUGAACGAGGAGUACAAGAUUUGGAAGAAGAACACCCCUUUUCUGUACGAUCUGGUUGUCACCCACGCGCUCGAGUGGCCGUCGCUUACCGUCGAGUGGCUGCCCGACCGCGAGGAGCCGCCAGGCAAGGAGUGCUCGGUCCAGAAGAUGAUUCUCGGGACCCACACGUCGGAGAACGAGCCCAAUUACCUGAUGCUCGCCCAGGUUCAGCUGCCCCUUGUCGACGCUGAGAGUGAUGGGCGCCAGUACGAUGACAACAGCUCUCAGUACGGUGGAUUUGGUUCCGCCAGUGGAAAGGUGCAAAUUAUCCAGCAAAUAAAUCAUGAUGGGGAGGUCAAUAGGGCACGUUACAUGCCUCAAAACCAGUUCAUAAUUGCCACAAAGACAGUCAGUUCUGAAGUUUACGUUUUCGAUUACAGCAAACACCCGUCUAAGCCUCCUCUGGACGGUGCAUGUAAUCCUGAUCUGAGACUAAGGGGUCACAAUUCUGAAGGGUAUGGUUUGUCUUGGAGUCACUUCAAGCAGGGCCAUUUGUUGAGUGGCUCCGAUGAUGCCCAAAUAUGCUUGUGGGACGUAAAUGCAACUCCAAAAAAUAAGUCUCUAGAUGCCAUGCACAUAUUUAAGAUUCAUGAAGGUGUUGUUGAGGAUGUAGCAUGGCAUCUAAGGCAUGAGUACUUGUUUGGUUCUGUUGGGGAUGAUCAGUAUCUGCAUGUGUGGGACCUUCGAACUCCCUCAGUCAGCAAGCCGAUGCAAUCUGUGGUUGCCCAUCAAAGUGAGGUGAACUGUUUGGCCUUCAAUCCAUUCAACGAGUGGGUGAUAGCAACAGGAUCUACGGACAAGACCGUAAAAUUAUUUGACAUGCGGAAGAUUUCUACUGCUCUUCACACCUUUGAGUGUCACAAGGAGGAGGUUUUCCAGGUCGGUUGGAGUCCAAAGAACGAAACCAUCUUAGCUUCGUGCUGUCUUGGUCGUAGGCUCAUGAUCUGGGACCUUAGCAGGAUUGAUGAAGAACAAACACAAGAGGAUGCUGAGGAUGGACCGCCUGAGUUGUUAUUUAUUCAUGGUGGUCAUACAAGUAAAGUUUCGGAUUUUUCAUGGAACCCUUGUGAAGAUUGGGUUAUUGCCAGCGUGGCCGAGGAUAAUAUACUCCAAAUAUGGCAGAUGGCCGAGAAUAUCUACCAUGAUGAAGAUGAUCUACCUGGAAAAGAUACAACAAACAAAGGUUCUUAG